UGUAUUACCCGUCAUCCCCCUGGCAGAUUUCCAAAAUGGCGCCUUUGGGUUGGGGAUUUAAAUUGCUGUCAAGGUUUUACGCCGAUUUUACAGCCUAGACGGCGCCAGAACCAUCGCAGAGAGGAAUAUAUCAACGCAAGCAGAGCCCAGAGGAAAAGUACUGAUUGACCACAGUGUUCAGGAGGAGACAAGGGUUUAAGUGACGUGGAUGCAGGAAGAAUAGCAGCAUGAAAGUUUUCACCUACGACGUGUCCACGUUUGAGGAGGGGCCGAGGAUAGGCGUGAACGGGGACUCCAAGCAGACGGAGGGAGUCUUGGUGUUCACCUCGUGGGUCGACAAGGGACUGCUGCAAAAGAACCUCUCCCUACCCCACGCAGAGGUGGACCUCACACACUUACCCAGUAGGGACAAAGACCUCAAGAAAUAUAUCAGGUCGUUGUCAUGGCAAUGGGACCUGACCAAUGGGGUGAGACCAGGCUUGUGGAGCCAGGUGGUUGCUAGGCUGCAGGGCCGCGCCCACCAACGAGAGGAGUAUGAGCAGUGCAAGAAGUCCCUCUUUGGAGAGCGGGGAGAGAUGAGCCCACCCCUCCCCACCCUAGCAGACAGGUCAGUGCAGUUCCCCUCGUACUUCCUGUCCCAGGGAGGUCUGUGUGUGGUGAGGAGGAUUGUCACAGUCCUGGCCUACCUGCACCCUGACAUCACCUGGUGUCCUGUACUCAUACCUGUCACCUGCGUGUUGCUGCACUACCUGCAGGAGGAAGUCAAGGUGUACCAGGCCGUUGCCAAUAUGUUGACUCACACUGGAAGGACAGAGAAAGGAGAGAGAAGAAUGUACCUGAUGGACACCAGGCUAUCCCACGAGGCUAUGAACAGGGUUUUCAGUGAUCUUGCCAAGAGAUACGCUAAAGCAGCUUAUGUAUUUUUGAAGGAUUUCAGUGAUGUGGAUGCAGUUAUGUCAGAAUGGAUCUGGUGGAUAUUUGGAGCUCUUCCAUUUGAAUAUGUGGUUCAUGUCAUGGAUUGCUACCUUGUGGAAGGAAUGAAGGUUCUCUACAGAGUGGGUGUUAUACUGCUGGUAAAGUGGCACAAACAAAUUAACGGUGCUCCACCCUCUGAUGUCCGACAGUCUAUCCAGGAUUGGUGCCGGAACAUCAGCUCACACAUCCCAGUCAAGGACAUUCUCAAGAAAGCUUUCAAAAUCAGGAACCUGUCCAGGAAGCUGUGCUCCACACUGCAGCAGCGCCACCUGGCGACUCUACAGAGGAAGGGCGCCCCGGCCAUAACCAUCGACAGCCCCACCCACACCGCCACACACGGCUCCAUCGCCCUUUCUCCUGUAGAGUCGAACGUACUGAACCAUGCACAGAUCCAUCAGCUGUGGUGCUGGCUGCCCCAGAGGUUCUCCCUGUACGAGCCUCGUGUCAUCUUCUCCAGCCACGAGGACGGGUACCACCUGAGGAACCUGUACCAGAAGUGUGCCGACAACCAGCCCAUCCUGCUGGUCAUCAAGACCAAGAACGAUGAGAUAUUUGGUGCAUUCAUCACAGAAAGCCUUGACUACACAGCUGACAAGAACAAAAGCCGGGCGUACUUCGGUACAGGGGAGAUGUUCCUGUUUUCCCUGACCCCGGGGCCGGUGAGAUACCCCUGGGUGGGGGUGGCAGACAGCGGGGACCUCAGCCCAUCCCAUAGUAUGUUCAUCUCGGCUGACAACACAAGUCUGGUCAUCGGGGGAGGAGAUGGGGAUGGCAUAUUUCUGGACCAAGAGAUGAACCGAGGUCACACCAAGAGAUGCAAGACCUUCAACAAUGCACCCCUGUGUGCCAGUGGGGACUUCCACUGUGUGUCUGUGGAGGUGUUAGGGUUACAGCAAGAAGACGAUUAAGGAUCAUGCCAUUGGAUAUGUUAGGGGUGGCCAAGAGACUUCUUAAAAAAGGAAUAAUUGUUACACAAAUCAAUUUCAUUCCUUCACAUUUACAAGUCUUAUUUGGUUAUCUUACAAUGUUCAGUACAACCUCCAUUCUUUCACUUUUUCACAAAAUAAUGGAAACUGAAAAAAAUGGUCCUGAUACCUUGAUAUUCUGUCCUAGUGAUUGAACUUUUAAAAAUUUCAAUGUUCUCCAAAGUUGUGUGUCAUUUUGCUUGCUAAAUGACAAGAAAAUGAAUAUUUGUCUCCUGUGAAUUAACAAUAUUGCUUUUUGGCAAUGUCA